ACAAAACAGCAGCCCUGUCCAGCUCCAGCUCGGUUCUGCGGUGGAAAAGUAAGGCUGUGUGUGUGUACAUGGAACUGAAAGCGAGGAAAAAGUGAUGGGUCCGACUGAAGACACACAUGAAGGAUUGAAGUAAGAUGAGGAGAAACACAGAAGAAGACCGCUGCUCUGCUGAAGAACAAAGACAAGAAACAACUCAGAGGAAUCAGGACUUGACUGAACAAGAGGCUUGAGAAGGGGAGAGAGUCAUCAUUAGGGAGGCGUGCUCUGAGCUGAAGGGGGAGGAGGAGAAGGGGGGAGGCAAUCAAACAGGAAGCGUGCGGAGAAGGAGAUAUUACAGAGCUGGAGUAAGACAGAGAGAGAGACCUGCAGCCGGUACGACCAGGCGAGGACAUGUGAGGAGGAGGCAGCAGCGAGAAAAACAGUCAGUUAGUUUGUAAAAGUAUAUGUGAGACGUCAGAGUUCAGGUGAGGGGGUCCUUGAGGGGACGGAAGCACGAGAAGGGAGGAAUGAGGGGGCAGCUCUUGAAGACACUCUUCUCCCUGAUGAUAACUCUCCUUGUGGGGAGUCUGCUGACCACUGUCAUCUGGCACGACAAAAAAGUGGAUCCUCAGAGAGUGGUUCCUCAGAGGAAAAACGCCCCUCAGCCAGCUGAGCUCUGCACACGCUGCAGGGAAACAAUUAACAAAAUACUACAGGGUUAUUCUACCACUUGGAAGAGACAAGAAGACAACUACCAAAAAUUCAGGUCUCAGCUGAACAGCAAGUGUCAUGGCUUCGAGAAGGCUAUUAUCACACAGUACAACACUCCGGUGGGGUCAAAGAUUUGGUACGAAACGGAAAAAAAGAGGAGCGUACAGAUCACGCCCGACAUUUUCAGCACUUUUAUAAAGCUACAUCCCUUCUCUAAUGAAACCAAGGAAACGUGCGCCGUUGUCGGCAAUGGAGGGAUCCUGUCCAACAGUAGCUGUGGACAGACCAUCGAUUCAGCUCAGUUUGUUAUGAGGUGCAACUUGCCUCCUUUGCAGAAUGGCUAUGAAAAUCAUGUUGGUGUCAAAACUGACCUUGUGACAGCAAACCCCAGCAUUCUGAGAGACAAGUACGGCUCUUUAAUGGGUCGGCGGCGUCCCUUUGUGACGAACCUGCAGGUCUACGGCAGCUCCCUGCUCCUUUUUCCUGCCUUUUCUUACAGCUUCAACACUGCAAUUUCCCUGCGUGCUGCAUACACCAUUGAAGACUUUAAAUCCCCCUCCAGACCCAUCUAUUUCAACCCUGAGUACCUCCAGAGGUUGAAUACCUUCUGGCGUUCCCAGGGCCUUAAAGAGGUGCGACUCAGCACCGGUCUCAUCAUGGCCAGUCUGGCACUGGAAGUCUGUAAAGAAGUACAUCUGUAUGGGUUCUGGCCUUUCACGAAUCAUCCAUACGAUCUACGAAAUCUAACUAACCACUACUACGAUGACAUACAGACUAAGACCAAGUUCCACACCAUCCCGGACGAGUUCGCCCUCCUGCUGCGGCUGCACAGUCAGGGCAUUCUCAGAAUUCACCUGGAAGAUUGUCCACCGGGUAAAAAGUAGCCAUUCGAUCUAGACAAUAUGAACACAGGAGCCACAGGUGCCUUCUUCUGACAAAGCCAGUCACUCUUGAAGGCUUUUAAUGCAGCUGGAUGGAUGGACCUCUGCUGGCUGAUAGGGUGGAUUUUAGUGAAGAGGCCGAAACGUUUGCACUGAACCCAGAAUGCAAAAGAAAAGACUCUCUAACAUAUUCACGGAUAUAUUUAUUAACAGGAAUGUUACAUCUGCAGCCUGGAGGGGAGUUUCUCCCUCAGGGUGUUUUUGUGUGACCAUUGUGAUGGUCCACAUUUUAGUGCCUUAUGCUGUUUACUUUGUGUUAACUGACUACAGGAGCUCUUUGAUCAAAUCUGAAUGUAUUUAGAAAAAUUAUGUUCUCAACAUGAAGACUGAACACCAGCAACCUGAAUGUGAAGACAACUAAAUUGUCUCCCACUCCUGAUUUUGUCACUAGCAGAUUAGAUACCAUGGUCAGGUUUUGCUGAGAUAAAUGUAGUGCCUUAAAAUUGUCAGUGCCCUGGGAGGUUUGGUGAUGGGCUGGUCCUGAUCCUCGACCCAUUUUCUGUUUUACAUCUUUUUUGUUCUACUAUGUGUAAUUGUACCUUUUGGGGAUUUUCCAAACGUCAAAAGCAAAAGAAAAUUGAGAACUUACAGGCAAAGUGCCCCCUGCAGGUGGUGCUAUAGAACUUUUUUUUUUGUUUAUGAGUUUGACUCAAUGAUAGUAAAUAUGGCUGCUGUUCAUUUUAUUAUUUUAAGUUAUUUGAUUUUAAGCCAUUGAUUUUUUUUGGCAUCGAUGUCUUAAAGACUGUAGCACAAAUUAAACACAUCACAAACCCAAGUAUUAGCAUUCAACAUCGAGAUUACUUGAUCUCAAACAUUUCAUACUAAAAUAAAACUAUGCUUUAAAACAAAACAUCCCAGUCUUGCUGCACAGUAAUGGUAAACACUACUGAUAAUGCCAUAACAACAUUUAAAUAAAACAAACUGUGAAAGACAUCGUUAUAACAUCUCCUUAUCUGCUUAUAUGAAGAACA